GAGAGUCAGCAGCAGAAUACGGGAAAUGCGUUUUGUCGAAACAAAAUAUCGGUAAAGAUGAUUGCAAAAGAGAAUUUAUUAAAUUCAAAAACUGUUUAGUUGAAGCUGCUGUUAAAAACAAAACAAAAUUAUAAUAAUAAUAUGAAGUGGCCUGAGUUCAAAGUUCAUUGCUACUUAGCAUUUGUCUUGAGAAUACUCUUGAUAAUAUAUGCUAAUUUUCAUGAUAAAUAUUUUCGUGUUCCAUACACAGAUAUUGAUUACAAAGUCUAUACAGAUGCUGCGAGGUAUAUAACAAAUAGGGAAUCACCGUAUUUACGUCAUACUUAUCGUUAUACACCAUUAUUGGCAUUUAUAUUGACACCAAAUAUUUUUCUACACUACGAUUUUGGUAAAUUAUUAUUUUCAUUAAUUGACAUCAUCGCUGGUGUAUUGAUUAAAAUAAUUUUAACAAAAGGUAACAAGAAUAAAUGUAAAAAAAAAAUUGGCGAGCUGUGUGCCCUUUCAUGGAUUUAUAAUCCAAUGACGAUAAUUAUAUCAACUCGCGGUAACGCUGAUUCAUUGUCUGUCGUUCUAGUUUUAUUAACAUUAUAUUAUUUAAUAAUUAAUAAGGAUUCAUUUAUAACCGGUUUGAUUCACGGAUUAUCUGUACACUUUCGAUUGUAUCCAAUAAUAUUCAGUUUAAUUAUGUAUUUAUCAUAUCGCGAUAAAUAUAACAUUAUUCCUAAUAGAAAUCAAUUUAAAUUUAUAACUGGCUGCGUAUUAUCAUUAUUUACAUUAACGUUUAUAAGUUAUUAUUAUUAUGGAUACGAAUUUAUUUACGAAAGUUUAAUUUAUCAUUUAAUACGUAAAGAUGGACGUCAUAAUUUUUCACUGUACUUUUAUAUGAAUUAUUUAUCAGUUGGACAACCGAUUGAAGUAUAUGAAAAAAUAAUCCGGGUAUUGCCAGGAAUUUUAUUAUUAGUAGCGUUAUCAUUUCGUUAUUCAAAUAACAAAAAUAAAAUAGAAUUGUCAUUUGGAAUAAUGACUCAGGCUAUGGUUAUGGUUACUUAUAACUCUGUUGUAACAUCACAAUAUUUUUUUUGGUAUUUGUCUUUAUUACCGAUUUGUAUACCGUACAUUAAUAUCAGCAUUGUUAGAUUUAUUAUAUUGCUUGGAAUUUGGAUAAUAGCUCAAGCGCUGUGGCUAUUUGAUGCAUACUGUCUAGAAUUUUUAGGUCUUAAUAAAUUUCAUUCUAUAUGGAUCGACAGCAUAUUAUUUUUCUUCGCGAAUAUUAAAAUAUUGUACGACUUUAUUGUUAAUUAUGAUAGUAAUUUGUUGAAUAAAAAUUAUUAAAAUAAAU